AAUCCGCGCCGGCGUGGGGCUGGCGCUGAGGCGGUCCGAGGUGGUUGGGGUUGGGUGGGAGGAGAUCGCUCGCACACACGAGGAGGGUUGAGCCGCUGCCGCCGUUGUCGUCGCGAGUGCGGAGUUGGGACUGGAGCCUUCGCCACGACGACGCCGGGGAUUGUGUCGCUAGCCCCCGGCCCCUCUGCCUCGCCGCUUCGCCGGGUCAGCGCGGCCUGCUCCUGCCCGGCCCGUCGCCCCCGCCUCCAUUUCCCGCCCUCUCUUCACCACACACACGGCCCCCCCGAUCAUGGAUCCGGGCAGUGGCGGUGGCGGCGGCGGCGGCGGCGGGAGCAGCAGCGGCAGCAGCAGCAGCGACUCGGCGCCCGACUGCUGGGACCAGGCGGACAUGGAAGCCCCCGGACCGGGCCCGUGUGGCGGCGCCGGCGGCCCCUUGGCGGCGGCGGCGGCAACGGCGGCGACCGAGGCCCAGCGUGAGCACCUCAGUGCGGCCUUCAGCCGGCAACUCAACGUCAACGGGGCGGCGUGCGGGGGACACCCGCGGGGCCUGGGGGCCGCCCCUCCCCCGGGGGGGGGCCGCAGCCACCUCCUGGAAGUGGGGACCGUAUGGGACGGAGACCGGGCCGCGGCGGCACCUGUAGAACCUUCUCGAGAGGAACAGUCAUUGUUGUGUGAAGGUUCAAAUUCAGCUGUAAGCAUGGAACUUUCAGAACCCGUUGUAGAAAAUGGGGAGACAGAAAUGUCCCCAGAAGAAUCAUGGGAGCACAAAGAAGAAAUAAGUGAAGCAGAGUUAGGGGGUGGUUCCUUGGGAGAUGGAAGACCUCCAGAGGAGAGCGCACAAGAAAUGAUGGAGGAGGAAGAGGAGAUACCAAAACCUAAAUCUGUGGUCGCACCCCCUGGGGCUCCCAAGAAAGAACACGUAAAUGUGGUAUUCAUUGGGCAUGUAGAUGCUGGCAAGUCAACCAUUGGAGGACAAAUAAUGUAUUUGACUGGAAUGGUUGACAAAAGGACACUUGAGAAAUAUGAAAGAGAAGCUAAAGAGAAAAACAGAGAAACUUGGUAUUUGUCUUGGGCCUUAGAUACAAAUCAGGAAGAACGAGACAAGGGUAAAACUGUAGAAGUGGGCCGUGCCUAUUUUGAAACAGAAAAGAAGCAUUUCACAAUUCUGGAUGCCCCUGGCCACAAGAGUUUUGUCCCAAAUAUGAUAGGUGGUGCUUCUCAAGCUGAUUUGGCUGUACUGGUCAUCUCUGCUAGGAAAGGAGAGUUUGAAACUGGAUUUGAAAAAGGGGGACAGACGAGAGAACAUGCGAUGUUGGCAAAGACGGCAGGUGUGAAGCACUUGAUUGUGCUUAUUAAUAAGAUGGAUGAUCCGACGGUGAAUUGGAGCAAUGAGAGAUAUGAAGAAUGUAAAGAGAAACUAGUGCCAUUUUUGAAAAAAGUUGGCUUCAAUCCCAAAAAGGACAUUCACUUUAUGCCCUGCUCAGGACUGACGGGAGCAAAUCUUAAAGAGCAGUCAGAUUUCUGUCCUUGGUACACUGGAUUACCGUUUAUUCCGUAUCUGGAUAAUUUGCCAAACUUCAAUAGAUCAGUUGAUGGACCAAUCAGGCUGCCAAUUGUGGAUAAGUACAAGGAUAUGGGCACUGUGGUCCUGGGAAAGCUGGAAUCAGGAUCUAUUUGUAAAGGCCAGCAGCUUGUGAUGAUGCCGAACAAGCACAAUGUGGAAGUUCUUGGAAUCCUUUCUGAUGAUGUAGAAACUGAUUCUGUAGCCCCAGGUGAAAACCUCAAAAUCAGACUGAAAGGAAUUGAAGAAGAGGAGAUUCUUCCGGGAUUCAUACUUUGUGACCCUAAUAAUCUUUGUCAUUCUGGACGCACGUUUGAUGCCCAGAUAGUGAUUAUAGAGCACAAAUCCAUCAUCUGCCCAGGUUAUAAUGCGGUGCUGCAUAUUCACACCUGUAUCGAGGAAGUCGAAAUAACAGCCUUAAUCUGCUUGGUAGACAAAAAAUCAGGAGAAAAGAGUAAGACUCGACCCCGUUUUGUGAAACAAGAUCAAGUAUGCAUCGCUCGCUUAAGGACAGCGGGAACCAUCUGCCUUGAGACCUUUAAAGACUUCCCUCAGAUGGGGCGCUUUACCUUAAGAGAUGAGGGUAAAACCAUUGCAAUUGGAAAAGUUCUGAAACUGGUUCCAGAGAAAGACUAAGCAUUUUCUUGAUGACCCUGCACAAUACUGUGAGGAAAAUUGACUGCAAAAGCCUACUUCACACCGCCUUCUCUUAUUUUCUGCCCAUUGACAAACUUCUUCCCAUAUUUUGCAGAGACAAAAAUCCACAGCAAAAGUCCACAUUAUGUCAGCUUUCUCAUAUUGAGAGCUCUGCUAUGCCACUGUUGAAUUUUCCCCCAGAUUUUUUUUCCUUCCCCUCCCAAACUCUGCUUCCUUGGACAGAUUUGGCAAUAGCUUUGUAAGUGAUGUGGACAUAAUUGCCUACAAUAAUGAAAACUUACAGGAAUUUUUUUAUUUUUCAUUUCCCCCUUAGGCAUACUUAGUCUUUUUUUCCCCAGGCAGAUGAUUCUGAGUGUGCGAGUGUGUGCACAUGUUACAGACAACUACCAUGUUAAUAAAAUAUUCGAUUUGAAAUCCU